AUGAAAUUCGUAUCAAUUGCUACUAUUAUUACUAUUGCCUUUGCUGUUGUUGCUGAAGCAGGUAAACAUGACGGUGAUGAUCACAAAGAUGAUCACAACGACCAUGAUGAUGACCACAAGAGCCAUCCAAAAGAAUGGCCUGCCAAAUGGUGUGACAGACAAUGUAAGGAAGUCAUCUCGUUAGGUAAAGAGUGUGAAAAACAGAAAAAUCCUACAAAAUGCCUCUGCUCAAAGCAAUUCCAGAAGGAACUUGAUCAGUGUAGAGACUACGGCUGCGAAAAUAAUUACAAGAAGAAAAACUGGGGUAAAUUUAUUGAGCCAUUUUUAAAGGAUUGCAAGAAGAAGAACCACGGCUAUAUCUAA